UACCUUCUCAAGUCAUGAAAUUCCCUCAGGUGAUUCCAGUCUACAGAAUUCUACAAAAUUCUCAAGUGUGAGCAGAAAGAGCAUCAGACAGAAAGCCAACAGAAAAACUAGAAUAAUUGGGCAAAGAGAUGAUUCUGAUGAGGAUUAUCUGCCAAACACUGUGAUAAUACCAGAGCCCAAAGCUGAAGAAUGCCCUAAAAGAAGCCAAACAAGCAGGAAGAAUACUGCCAGGAAUAGCAAUUGUGAUCAGAGAAAUGAAGUUAAUGUUUUUAGGCCCUGCAUAGAUGUUCAAGGAGUAGCUAAUGAGAGCAGAAAGCAUUUCCCAGAUAUUCUAAAACAGCGCAGGGAAACAUAUAUUGUCCAUCCUUUGGGUCUUGCAGGAAACUUGGGUUGUUUCCAGACAGAAUCUGAAGGGGGUGAAAAUGUACCUCCCAAGUCUGUUCCUGGGAGUAAAGUGAGCAAAAUCCCCAGAGCUGUUAAGAGCAAUCAAAAGAGCAAUAAAAAAGAGACAGGGGGCCUUCAAGAAAAAGGGCAAGGUGAAGUUGACCACAACAUGAAUGCUUUGACAAAAGAAGCCUCUUGCAAACCCAGGCCUCAGAGGAAGAGGAGCAACUCUCGACCUCCAGAGACUGAUUCCCUGCUCAGAAAAAGUGAUGGUACCAAGGUUCUCACUGGAAGUUCCACAGAACUUGCAUCCAAGCAGACUCUUCUGAUGGGGAAGUUUUCCUGCAUUAGCCAUCUGCUGUCUGAGCCAGGUGAUUUCCUGGAGGAGCAGCUACCUGAGAUAUCACUUGCAGAUAGUCUGACAGACCUUUCACACAGUAUUGAAUCCUCCCGUAAGAGCAGUUCUGCAGUUUUGUCUGUCAGCUCCAGACUUAGAGAAGUACCAGCUUCCAAGAGCUUAAGUACUGAGGGCAACAGAAUGCCAGCAAAACCCCCUGUUUGGUUGAAAAAGUCCCUGAUAUUUAAAGAAGAGACUGCAGAGGAAAUACCUGGGGAAAGGAACCAAGUCCAGUCAAGUUCUUGGAGCUCACCUUCACAGGAAUCUGGUAUCAGGCCACUACAGGACUUGAACAAUGCCAGGGUUCUGUCUCACUCCAGCUCGGAGGAUGCAUCAGGGCGCUCAUCUAGGCGGAAACGGAAGCCCACCUGCUACAAAGAGCCAUCAAUCAAUAGGUUGGGCUUUAAACUAUUCAUUCCAAAGACUGUUCCCAUGCUGCAACCCCUGCUCUGCUCUCACGUACUAACUCUCCAGGGCUGGACCCUCUGUUGCUCUGUUCCAAGUUCUUACCCUUUGUGUUCUGUGACCCUCCUCUUCUACUACUGUGUGGUUAUGCCAAAAUUCUGCAUAAGUACAAAUGGAUCUUUAGGCUUCUGGCAACAAGCUACCAAAGAUCUUAUUUUAUUUGUUGAAAUGAGCACAUCUCUUGGCAGCCUGCAUCUGUGGUACUCCAGUGCUAAUGAGGCAGUAGCACAAGGAUAAAAUACAGACUAAAGACAGCCCAGCAAAAGCCCUAAAUUCAUUUAUUCUGUGACAACUAAAAUUUUAGACACCUGAGUAAUACUUUUCUCCUGAGAGCAUCCUGUAUCUAUACUCACUAGCAGAUAUACCUAAACAAACAGCUGCAUCUUUUCCCUAGGAAACUGUAGAUUCAGUACAUCCACUGGCUAUUGCACAGUCAUGUACUACUAAAAUGAUGGCUUCGUAGUUAUAUAACGUUACUGGGUGUAUUUUUCCCUGGAAAGUGUCCCAGUUUGAACUUUCUGUAAAUAGCUGGUUAUAUUGCACCAGUACUGUGUAUUGGGCAAGAAACAAACUGUACCACUUAAUCAUCUUAUGGGGAAGAACUGCACUAAAAUUAGAAACUUUAAAAUCAUACAUUAAUUCAAGGAAUACUUGAUGCUUCAAUGUAACCCUUUUGUUUCUGCAGGAAACUGAGGCAGGGUGACCCAUUUACAGACACUGAGUUCCUCCACUCUUCUCUCUACAAAAAAAAUAGGAAGCCUGUCAAAGCCCAGGGAAUGACCAAGAAGAUGAAAGAGAACAAAGAAUGGCUUCCUGAAGGAUGUCUCAGUGCCAAGGCAGGCAAGCUGAUAACAACAGAAAGGAUUAGAAUAGUGGUUGAAAGCAGCCCCGAAGCUCCUAGGAGCUCGUGUGUUUAGCCGCAAGGCUACCGCUUUGAAUGCAGAGGCCCAAGCAAAGACAGAGGUGGCUGACCAGGCAGCUGAACUAUUCCAACUAAGGCAACCCAAGGACCAAUUUGACAAAUGGAGCCUUGUGCUGUGCAUUUCUUCUGUUUUCAAAUCUUUGAGACUUAUGGGGUGGGAAAAGUGGUUGACACAAAUUGAUGGAUGUCUGCUUUAAUGAUGGGCAUGGCCCUUAUGUGCUGUAUGAUUAGCUCCUAGCUAUCUUCUGCUUUCUUCCUGUUCUCUCCCUGUCUGCCAUGUAAAGCUCCCUGCAGCAGCAGAUGAGCUCUAUACCAACCAACAUUAAGGAAUGUUUGAAACACCAGGUGCUUAGGACCAGAUCUAAACAGGUCUUGUCUCAUACUGAGUAUUGUUACAGGAAAGGUGAUCAGAGGAGCAGGUCCUGUGGGACAGAGCUGUUUUAAAACAUUUCCCCUUUUCCUAUCACUCCUUGGCCCUGUUGAAAAAGUACUUCCUUCAGCCUUCUUGUAGCCCCUUGAGGUACUGGAUAGUUUGAUAAGGUCUCCCUAGCACCUUCUGUUUUCCAGACUGGACAAUCUCAACUCUCUCAGACUGUCUUCAUAGGAGAGGUAUUUCAGCCCUCUAAUCAUCUUUGUGUUCCCCCUCUGGCUUUGCUCCAACAGGUCCACAUCCCUCUUAAGCUGGGAAUCACAGCUGGACAACAGUACUCCAGAUGGGGCCAGCUGUGUUUCAGGAAAUCCUUUACUCUUCCAUUGCAGCACCCACUGGCUUCAGGCACUUGCCUUUUUUAGGGUCUACUGGUGUAACUUUGAAGGUUAUUGAUUCUAAAUGUUUGAGAGAGUGGUGGGGAAAAGAAGGGAUCACAGCAGUAGUAAAAGGGAAGGAAAAGUGCCCGUUUGGAAGCAGGAAAAGCGUUUCCUCUUUGUGGCAGAGCAAGGAGAGGGCUGCUCUUUUCUUCUUACCAUACUUACUCCUUCUCCUUAGCACCUCAGCAGCAUCUAUCAGUUCAUGAGGAUAGGCUGGGUCUUGCUGUACUCUCUGUAUUCAGAGGACUCCAGAAGUUGGAAACUUCAUUUUUAGAGGGAAAAUGGUGUCAUCGGCAGUCAGGGAAAUGCUACUACAUAGCUUACAUUUAAGCUGUACCGUUAAGUUAUUAAAACUAGGAAACAAAAAGCCUGAGAUUCAAAAAUGCCCUCUUACUUAUUUGUUCAGUUUUCUGGAAGUUACCAAACUUUCUCUGGUAUUCUGUAACUCUGGAAGCCAGGUAGGAACUAGUAAAUAACACUUAUAACACUUGCUAUAAAUGCUGUUGUAUUAGAACCUGUCUGUGUUGACCCACUGAUGUCAGAAGCCAGGCCAGGAACUUAGAUCUCCAAGUGUUCCCAGUAAUUGUUUCCAUUGCCUCUAUGGGGAAAUGGGACAUUUUCCAGCUGCACUGAUGUGCUUGUGCUAAUAACAGAAUAGUAGAUUGUAUUCAUUGACAUUCAAGGCACGGAGACAGCUGCUAGCAGUUACAGAGCUGUGCUUCAAACACAGGGUAAUAGUAGCUCCUUUGGUCUAACAUUGGCAUCGGUAUCCUAAUCACCACCUCUAGCAGUCAGCUGGAGGGGGGAGAGUUUGUUCAUGUGUAACAGUUUCUGUUUUGCUGAGCAAUGAUGUAUCAGUUUGUAUUACUCCCCAAAUAAAAUUUCACUGCAAGUGGUAUUUUCAAAUUCUUGUAUACUACCUGAUGCUUACCAUGACACCACACAUGACAGCUUUGCCUAGGCUAGAACAAAUUGAAACUCUGUUCCAAGA